AUGACGCCGUCGAAAAUUUUAAUAUUUAUUCUCUAUGACAUUCUUAUUAUUUUAACACCUGUUCUCGCUGAUAUGUCAUCAGACAAUUUCAUUAAUGAUACAAAUGAUACAAAAUUAAACUUUGAUACCUCUAACGAGAAUACAUCUUUUCGCCUUGAUAGUCCAGAAAAUAUUGGUGAUUUGAAACUUGUGGUUAUAACUACUUAUAUGAUGGCUUUUUUUAAUACUGUUGGUUGUUCGUUACCUUUUUACACUGCUAUUGCUGAUGCGGGGAUUGAUAUCGCUGGAAUUUUAAAUAUAAGCCAUACAGCUUUUUAUGCCAGAGUUUGGGAUCAACCAACGUGUACAAUAUUGAGUGUGGUGUAUUUUUUUUUCAUCACCAUUAACUUGGCUCUAUAUGGUACCGUAAGCAUGACAACUUAUCUUCGUGUUUGUCGACAAUUUUAUUUUGAUCUUGGAAAAUUUGAUUAUAAAUUAUGGUCUGUUGUUCUGGCUAUUGCUACGGUUUUUCAAUUAAUUUCUGGUCCAUAUUACGGUCCUAGAAAGUAUUGGUGUGCUGCGAAACCAAACAACAUUAUAAUACCGAUUAUAAGUUUUGUUUUAAUAAGCUUAAUUUUCUUCCUUGUAAUAAUAUGUUAUAUAUCAAUUCUUAAAACUUUACUUGGCCAUGCAAAUGAGUUUUAUGUGGAUGAAAAUAACAUAGAUGACAAGGAUGUUAGAAUUAGAAAUAAUAAUCCCGGAAGUAACGCUAUCCAAUAUGUACUUAACGAAGGUUGGCAUCCUCGUAAUGUCGAUCCAAACGUGAGCUGGUCCUUUGCAGAAUCACCAUCUCGUUUCGUCAAACGUCUUUAUCAUAAUUCUCAAAAUAUGAACGUCCCAUCAUCCAUUUCUUCACUUCCAUCAUCUUCACGUCCACCAUCCUCAUCAACCGUUUCAAUUUGCAAUAAUCUAGGGAAUAAUCUAGGCAAUAAUCUAGGGAAUAAUCUAGGCAAUAAUCUAGCAACUAAUUCUAUAGAUAGUGAUGUUUUAAACAAUGCAAUUAGUAGCAACAAUAGUGUAAAUGAAAUGAAUAAUAACCCUUAUAAUAUUGAAAUUAACAUUGAUAUUAAUAAUUUUGUGACAGAAAGUGAAAUGGCAUUAAGGGAUGAGAUGAUCGAUUUAGCAUUAGUAUUUGUAACAUUUGAUUUUCUGGGUGUCAUUUUAAUUAUAAAUGCAAUUUUAUUUAUUAAAAUUGUUUGUGGGGAUGAUCUGGAUCUUGAUUAUAUGCUUAGUCUAGUUAAUGCUGCACGUAGUGAUAAUGGUGUAGAACCUCCACUUCAGUUAAAUAGUCUCCUUAUUGGUACAGCUCAAAGUCAUUCCGAAAGAAUGAAUGAAAAUAACGAUUUAGAUCAUGAUGAUGAAGAUGGCGAUUUUGCAACCAGAAUUACUAAUUCUGGUUAUGAUUGGGAUGCUAUUGCUGAAAAUAUAGCUGAAGGAUAUCCCGAUGAGGAUUCGCCUCAUAGAGAAAACAUUUUAAGCCCUGAUUAUAGGGAUUUUGGUGCUGGACGUUCUGGUGAUUUUUGGACUCAAGAUUUUGGUUGUACAUUUGAAGAAAGUGAUGCUGAAGCGAACUCCUGA